AUGAUUCUCAUAGAGCAAGAGAGGAAGAUAAUGAGCUUAGCUCUGGUGAACGGACUGGCUUCGUCUUCAGUUGAUCAAUAUUUGACCGAGAUUGACGUCCAGUCGAAAGACCUUGAGGAACAGCAAGGAGACUUAUCAUUCGGUCCAUUUGGAGUCUUCAAUUUGACGACAGGCACUGCAGAGAUUCCAUCGCCUGAUAUCGACGACCCAGAUUUUGUGAUUGCCUCGAGUCUGGGGAUGCUCAAUGAUGCCUCUCUAGCGAAUGCGCCCAUGUCUGAAUUAUCGACUGCAGAGGAGAUGCUGGGUGAUUUGAACAGCGCUCUGCAAUGGACAGAUAUCUUCAAUCUGGACCCAGCUCCAAUGGGCAUGAAUGUGACGCCGCCCAUAUGGGGAUACGAAACACUCCCAACCGCUUGGUCGUCACCUGUAGGACCCGAAGUAUCGCCCGGCAAGUCUCAAUACGACUUACUGUCCCAUGAUAUUGCGUCCCUUCAAUGUGCCUCUCAUGAAUCUCUCAUGUUAUCUGAUGCCACGUUUCUUCUCCGACAUUUCCAAGAGCAUGUCAUGACACAUGUAGCCUGGUUGCCCAUGUCUCAGAAAUCACCAUGGAUCAUUUUGAAUAUUCCGUCCGCUAUGAUCACACUUGAUCAGCUAACAUACAUGAAGAGACAUAGACGGCAAGUGACAAAACAUGCAAGUCUUGCCAACCUGUACGCCAUAUUAGCAUGUGCUUCAUACCAUCUCGCCAUGAACCCUGAAUUUGCGUCCGACAAAACGAAUCAGCACUGGGAACAGCUAACGGGAAUUGCCUAUGCUGAUGCCAAACAUCACAUGAGUAUGAGCUUAGAACAUGAGUUCCAAGGGCCCAACAAGGCCAAAUACAAAGAGCAAUUAAUGGCCAAUCUCAGUCUUGCAACCUUUGCGAUCAUCUCCGAAAAUCAACGAGAUACCCGAUGCCACCUCGUCAACAUGGAAUAUCUCAUCCGACUACGAGGCCUCGUGAAACCACAACUAUCAAGACGAGCCCGUCUCCUCCACUACAUGUACACCUGGAUCCGCAUCUUAACAGAAAGCACCCUAGUAAUCCACAACGAGAUCCACCACACAGCACCCUGCAAAUCCCUCUGGUCCCGCCGCCUCGACAUGGAAGAAAUGAGCCGACUAGCACAACGUAACGCCGCAAUUCCACCCUUCGACCAAACCCGCAGGCUAGACGAUUUCCUCCGCAUCACACCCGCCGAAUCAGAUCGCGAUCUCAACAUGAACGACCCCAAAGACUUCAACACCAACCUCGGAGACAUCCACCUCACGGACCCGCGCAAUGAUCCAGAAGAACAACACAGUGUUUUCAACGGCGUGUCAGAAGCCUGGCUAAGCCUCCUUUCUCAAACGACCCGUCUAGCAAACGUCAUGGACCAACUAAGUACCGGUACUUCCACAAUGCCACCCGAAAGACAACUAGCUCUCCAUCGACGAUCUGCAUACCUCGAAAACAUGGUCUGCUCAUUAAGGUCGAAAAAGCUCCCCGCCCACGGCGAACCAAAGACGCAUAUGCUGCGUGCUCUGAACUCAGCGCUCGUCAUCUACUUCUACCGGCGCGUGAGACGCGUCGAUCCCUGUAUUUUGCAAGGGCAUGUUUCGCAGAUCGUGCGGGAGUUGCAUAAGUGGGAUGAAGCUCUUGCAAUGAAUGAUAUGAUCGGGCCUGGGACAGCGUGGCCGGCUUUCAUGGCUGGGUGUGAAGCUACUGAUGUUGAGGAACGAGAGAUGUUGGUCCAGUGGCUUGAUAAUGCGGGUUCGCAGAGUGGGUUUGCGGCUUAUGCUACGGCGAGGUCGAUUAUGGAGGAGGUGUGGGAGAAGAGGGAUGCUUGUUAUGAGAAUUCGGAUCUGCUGCGUGGAAAUCCUGGGCAGAUGUUCAGUUGGACGGAUCUGUCACGGCAGAAUUUGCAUUGGCUUGUUCUGUGUUGA